AUGUCUGACGCACCAAGAGGCACAUUGAGAUUGGGCUCCACGGCUCCAGACUUCACGGCUGAGACUUCUAACGGUCCAAUUUCAUUUCACGAAUUCAUUGGAGAUCACUGGGUAAUUUUGUUCUCGCAUCCAGAUGAUUUCACCCCAGUCUGCACAACAGAGUUGGGAGCUUUUGCCAAGUUACAGCCAGAGUUUGAAAAAAGGAACACCAAACUUAUUGGAUUAUCUGCCAAUGGAACCGAAUCACACAAAGCAUGGAUCAAGGAUAUUGACGAAAUUACGGGAUCUAAAUUGUCUUUUCCUAUCAUCGCUGACUCGGAGAGAAAAGUUGCACACGCUUACGACAUGAUCGAUUACCAAGAUGCUACCAACGUUGACGACAAAGGCGUCCAGUUCACCAUUAGAUCAGUAUUCAUCAUCGAUCCAAAGAAGAAGAUUAGAUUGAUCUUGGCGUAUCCUGCUUCAACAGGUAGAAACACUGCUGAGGUUUUAAGAGUGUUGGACUCUUUGCAAACUGGAGAUAAGAACAGAAUAACCACACCUAUCAACUGGGUUCCAGGUGAUGAUGUUAUUGUUCACCCGUCUGUGACUAACGAGGAGGCUAAAACCUUAUUUCCCAAGUUUAGAAUCAUCAAACCUUACUUGAGAUUGACACCUUUGGAAAUCAAAGACGAGUAG